UGCGGAGAUAUCGGCGACUUUACUACAGAAAACAUAAGUAGCUUUGAAUACUGUGUUAGACUUGUUUGCAACCAAUUCCUGUUGAAUGGAAGCAGUGGUCGAUUAAUAUCUGAUAAGAGAGUUCGCGUAAGCAUUAAAUCAUUAGCGUUAGGAUGUGUUGCAGCCGUUGUACGCCUUCACCCGAAGACACUCAUUAUUGAACUGUUUCUUGAAUGCGAUAAAACUUUACAAAAAUCAGAUUCAUCCCAGAAAAUAUGGGAUAUUCUUCUAUACUCGACACACACUGACCCACAAAUUAGAGGACAAAUUGCUAUAAUUAUUGGACACUUUAUCGAUGAAGUUCUUAAAGAGUCUCAAACUUUUAACGAAUUAAAGGACAAUCCGUAUUGGCUAAUAAAGACAGCACUCGUCGAUCUAAAAAACGGAAUUAUUGUUAAGAAAGAAAGUCUUCAAAAGAGGAUUUUAAAUGAAGUAUUUUUUCCAUUUCUGGCCGACGAAGACUUUAGAGUGAGAGAAGCGACCGCUCACUCGCUGUGCAAUUUAAUACCAGUGCUAUUCACUCCUGCCAUACACUUGGAUAACGACCCGAUAACAGCCAUUGCAUUCGAGCACACAAUCAAAAACCUCUUACAGAAAGACUUAACAUUUAAAGACUUUGAAGCAAAUAUUCCUCCAAUUAAGGCAUUCAUAGAUCCACUAAAUUCUCAACAUUUGAUUUUGAGCGCAAAAAAUCGUUUAAUUGAAGCCAAUCUCUCAGAUAUAAUAAUUAAUUUGUUAAAUUCACUGCAAUUCAAUUUAGACAACAAACACGCUCUCAUCGGUUACUGCAAUGCUUUGGCUUUUUUAUCCAACAAAUAUCCUAUCACUGAAUAUCCCGACUGUUGGGGCUCUGACUUAUCGGAGACGUCUGUUUCAAUGCAAUUACUGGACAUUUGUAUGACAUUACUGUCAACCAGUUCUCUAGUGGUGUUAGACCUAACCGCACACCAAAGCGUAUUGUCUCUGACCGGAAAUCUUUGCGAGGGUUUGGCUUAUAAUGCAAUUAAAACCAAUUUUAAGAAUAGCGUCGCGUUUGCACCCGAUCUCGAUUGGGGUCUAUUAAGUCAUGUUUCGCCACAUUUAGUGCAACAAUUAGAGGCCAUUUUCACUCAUUUAAUGCGAAUUAUGAACAUUUACUCGUCUAUUAUUGACGAGCCGUUGUUGACUUCGACAAACAUAAUGAGCACUUUAACCAAUUAUAAUAAAAUGCCUGUCAUUCAGACACUUUCUAACUCACCAUUGAGUCCAAUCAGAAGGAAAUCAUUGCUCAAGACAUCGGAUUUAAGUGAUAAAAUGGAUUCAAUGAAAAGAAGUGAUUCUGAAAAGUCAGAUAAAGACAAAUUCACAAAAUACGGCUCGAAUACACUUCUUGUCCGCUUAAGCGAAAUGAUUAGAGCCUCAUAUCUCAGUAAUAAGACUUCUAUGGAUUUAAGUGGAGAUAAG